CCGGCUCCCUUGCCCGGCCCCAGCUCCAUUGCCCGGCUCCCUUGCCCGGCUCCCUUGCCCGGCUCGGCACCGCCCCGGCGAUCCGGCAGCGCCGCAGGUCCUUUCCAGCGCACGGUGCGGAAGGAAAUAAGAUGGAAGAAGGAAACGCUGCCAAGGAAAGAGUCCUCAUAACUGGAGGAGGGGGUUAUUUUGGCUUCCGUUUAGGUUGUGCCAUAUAUCAAAAGGGAGUCGAUGUGAUCCUCUUUGAUGUCGUGAAGCCACUUCAAACCGUGCCAGAGGGGAUAAAGUUCAUGCAGGGAAAUAUCUGUUGCCUGUCUGAAGUGGAAGAAGCUCUCAGAGAUGUAAUCUGCGUAUUCCAUAUCGCUUCCUAUGGAAUGUCUGGCAGGGAGCAGCUGAACCGAAAACUUAUAGAAGAUGUUAACGUGAAAGGAACAGAAAAUGUCAUCCAGGCCUGCAAGAGCAGGGGAGUGUCGAGCCUGGUUUAUACAAGUACCUACAACGUGAUAUUUGGAGGCCAGAUUAUAGAAAAUGGGGACGAGUCUCUGCCUUAUCUACCUCUGCACCUUCACCCCGAUCACUACUCCCGAACGAAAUCUUUAGCUGAAAUGAAGGUGCUGGAGGCAAACGGUGCUGAGCUGGGAAAUGGGAGAGGUGUCCUGAGGACCUGUGCUCUCCGGCCAGCAGGGAUCUACGGGCCUGGGGAGCAGAGACACCUGCCGAGAAUAGUCAGCUACAUUGAGAGGGGACUGUUUAAAUUUGUCUAUGGAGACCCUCUGAGCCUGGUAGAGUUUGUACACGUGGACAACCUGGUCCAGGCUCAUGUCCUUGCCUCUGAGGCACUCAGAGCCAGCAAGCAGCACAUUGCUGCAGGCCAGGCCUAUUUUAUUUCUGAUGGCAAGCCUGUAAAUAACUUUGAAUUUUUCCGACCACUAGUGGAAGGUUUGGGUUACAAAUUCCCAACCUGGCGCCUUCCCCUCUCCCUUGUCUAUUUUUUUGCAUUCCUCACUGAAAUAGUUCAUUUUCUUGUGGGGCGCGUUUAUAACUUCCAGCCCCUCCUCACUCGCACAGAGGUUUACAAAACUGGUGUCACACACUACUUCAGCAUGGCGAAGGCCAGGAAGGAGCUGGGCUAUGAGCCCCAGCAGUACAGCCUGGAUGAAGUGGUGGAGUGGUUUAGAUCCCAGGGAUGUGGACCAAAGGCAAGAAAUUACACCAUGAUGCAGCUGGUUAGGGAUGGAGGACUGCUUGUGGUGCUGAUUGCUGUGCUGGUCUCCUGGCUUCCAUCUGCAGCGACAUUUUCACUCUGAAAGAUGAAAUGCUGAGGACAGAAUUUCAUUAUAUUCUCUGCUUACUCUUGGUUUUGACAAGUAAUAAAAGAUUUUGUAAAAAAUA